AUGGCAGCCAAGCGAAGGAGUUGGCUGGGAGCCGCCCUCGUGGCGUGCCUCCUGCUGCUCACCGACGUCGACGCCUUCAACAGGAAGCAUCGACAGACUUGUGAGUUGGCUUUUCGAGGAAUUUUUUGAACUUCGGUUUGAACUAUAUCUACCCUAUUCCUUGCCAGCUUGUCACCUUUUUUUCUUACUAUAAUACAGUAUGCCUGAACGGUUUUGAGGCGAAUAUGAUUUUUCCUGCUUUUGUUGUUGAAAAACGUGACAAGGUCGCGCGGAUUUCUCUGACUUUUUUAUGUGGACCGUUAUUUUUUAGAUUCGAUUGGGUGUCUAGUACUCAAGAAGCGGUAGUUUUGGCUGGAAUUUUGAGUCAGAUCGGGUGAAUUUAGCCAAAAGUGGAAGUAGGGUCAGCACAGAAUUUAAAAGAAGUUUUUUUUUAUCUUGAUGUUUAUCAGGAAUGUAAAAAAGGUGAAGACGUUAAAAUUAAAAGACAAAUUAUGCCUAGAAAAGUAUCCACUUUAAGGUUUUUUUUUUUGAAUUAAUUCUUUUUUUUUCAGACGUUAGUGAGCUUUUGUUGGGUUAAAUUUUCCGGACUGGUUUCCGGAAAAGUAUAUAUUUUCGAGCAUAUCAAGGUUAUGCCUCCCAAAAAUUUCAUUCUUUCUAGCAUAGCUGAACUUUUCCUCUUGAAUGAAACUUCUCAGUGAUAGAUGACCUUGAUGACUUGCUUAGAAACGGUAUUUUCUUCUCAGAAGUUGAAAAUUUGGUCUUAGGUUACUGAAUUUCUAGCCGACGCUGGUUUUGGUAUUGUUUCCAAAUUCGAUACUUUAGGCGUGUCCUUUUGACUGUUUUCUGAGGGUUUGGUCUAAGAUCCUUUUCCUGAUACGAGUUGGUGAGCACGCUAUAAACAAAAACGAGUAAAGUACCUUUUUUUUCGAAUAACUCAAAUUUUAAGCCGAGGCAUGCUUAUUACUGGUCCUUUUUAGUCCUUUGUCAGCUUUUGUUUUGGCUGAGGUCAAAGAACUAAGCUGGGUCUUCAAAUUUUUUUUCUACGUUCGUUUACAGGAGCAAGUGAAGUGGUAUACGAAUUGGGAGUUUAGGAUAAAUACUUUCGGAGUUUCGGAAGGUUAAUUUAUUGAACUGAAUAAAUGGUUUUCAAAGAACUUCUUGAGUAUUGAUUUUAAAUCUUCCCAUCGUUUUUUAGAUCUGUUUAUGAGUAAAGAAGAGAAAAAGUCGGUUUAUAAAAGCUGAGAAAGGAAAUUUGAGACUUUGGUAACAAUUUCGCAAUUAUAUUUGGGUUGAUGGUACUGAGAUUGUUAUUUUUGCUUAAUAGUUUUCAUUUUGAGCUUCCUUAACUUUUGAAGUCAUAAAUUUUUAAGAUCAGUUAAACGGACUGCUGUAGGGAGCAGAUGUCCUUAGAGUUUGAAUUUUGUCAAUAUCUUCAUUUCUGAUCUAUGAUUCUCGCUGCUCAAGUCGAUUUUAUGUUCGGAAGAAGGCGUUCAAGAGCCUAUUUGAAAGUUUUUUCGAGUCAAAAGUACUAAUGAAGACCAUUAUUGAUAUACCUAAUUUCUUUCUAUCUUCAUAAGAGUGGAAGUUUAGACUUGAAUUGGGAAUGAAUCCGCAUUUGGUCUGUCAGCUUGAUGGUAUCAAUGGACCGAUUCUCGACAGCUUCAAUAUAUUCCUAGCCUUUCUGUUCCAUUCAUCUAAGGCCCGCCGAAUUCCGAUUCCAAUUGAUUAUAAGCGGCUGGCGGAUGAAAAAUUAGUUCGUCGUCGGAGGCCGAGAUGUGAGUUUUCGCAUCGGUGGGGCGGCCGCUUGGCUGAUAAUGAUGACCUGAGAAGAGCGGCCGAUCCGAUGGACGGGGAUACUUUUGCGCAACGGCGGAAGAAAAGGCAGAAGAUGAAGAUCGAUAUCGGGUUCGACCAGCCGCCAAAACCACUAUCACAUACACAGAAGGAGAGAAAGAGAACAGUUUUCCCUUCGGUCAGUCGGACUCAAUUAUUGCGUCGAUUGGAUGGAUUGAUUCGUUAAGGGGAAAUCGAAAAAGUGGUUAAUUAGGUGCGUCUGCCUUGAAAACCUCUUUUAUGAGGUGUUUCUUUAUUGGCGUCUGUCUGGAGAAGAGUCUGAAUUUUACACGUCUUGGUUAAAUUUCACUGGGAUAACGGUAGGACUGAAAAUAGUGGAGUGAACUGAAAACAGUUAGAUAGUCUGGCUUCGAGGUGGUUUUUUUUGGGUUUCAAAAUUGGAUCCGUUCGAAGUUGCAUUUUUCCAGGUUUCUUAAGGACUGAGAUAUAGGAAAGAUCGUUAAGGAAAUUAAUUCAGAAAAAUGGUCCUAUUAAGUUUUUAUAGUUGAUAUUGAAGAGCAUCAAGUUUCAUUUUUUUGGGAUAUUCUUUACUCAAAUUUUUUUAUUUGAAGUUGAAGUCAGGGGUUUUGGCUUUUUUUUUUUGAAUUUUUGCUUGUUCUUCGACUUCAUUUCACAAUUUUUUCCGGCUUUCCAAUCGUUUUUACCUCUAAACUGACAGUCAGUGAACAUAUUUAUCGGGUAUUAAAACCGUGCAGAAAAUAAGCUUAAGUGUCCACAGAAAUGCCAUUAUCAAGGGUACCACUGCACUUUACGGUUUUUUGCGGUCGGGAAGGAAAAAAUAGAAAAACUAUCCUCCUAUCGCUUAUAAGCCAGAGAUUUCAAAAAUAUUUCCAAACAGAAAAACCAGAGAUUAAUAUCACUUUCAUUGCAGAUCAGGACAUCGAUUCCGAGGGUUCCAGUGGUGAGUUGAAUGAAGCUUUUCCAUUUGAUUGAUUGCCGAAAAAAAAAAAUUAGCCAGAUGUUGCAAAACGUUUCCGGUAGACGAGUUUUUGUUGCAAAUAUUGUUGUCGGGUUUAAUUUGCGGCGGCGGAAUCAGCGAAGAAACCGACAAAAAAAAAGAAAAGAAUCUUUUUUUGUCGGUUGAUCAAUGGGUUGAGAGUUUCUGUGUGUAUCUGCGUUGAUUAAUGGCACUUGCCACACACAAAUAACCGCCGAGCUGUUCUUCUUCCUCUCUUUUUUCCCGUUUCCAGUAGUGGGGGAUGGAAAGUUCGAGACUCAAAUCAAUUAAAGAAAAUUGAAAAUACAAAAAUGUAUUGAAAAAAUGAAGACGAUUAAAGGAAUAAUUCUAAUAUCCGUGAAUAAACGUCAGAAUUAUCGAUUUUCAGUUUUUUUUUUCUAAAAAAAUUCAAGAAGGUUUUUUUCUUUAGUAGUUUUUGAAAUAAAAAAAAGGUAGUUACAUUUUUUUGAGUACUUUUUUUGGAUGCUUAUAUGUAGUUCUAAAAAAAUUUCUAGUUCAUUUUUUUCAAGAAUACUUUUUUUAAAUUAUAAAGCGCUUCAUUAAUAAAUGAAGCUGAGUUCUAUUUUUUUCGAACGAUCUUAUUACUUCUAGAUCAAAACAGGUCAAAAAAAGUCAUACAAAUGGGUCAUCGAAAAUUUUUAUGGUUGUUCUUGUUUCAUAAACUGAUGAUGAUGAUUAGAUUCAAAUUCCAAAUAUUCAUCACCAUAGCUUAUAUAAAUUUUUUGCUCAAAUUGGAAUAUAUAAGGAGAAACUUUUUUUACUUCAGAUCAAUAUUAUCAGCAAACCUUGAAAAAAAUCCUCUAGAAAAUAUUUUUUUCAAGUCAAUAAACUUUAGGCAGUAGUUUUAGAUUUUUUUCAGCUUUAUUUUGGGCUUUCAUUGAGCUUCGCUCUCUGAUUAUUUGAAUUUUUAGAUGUUCAAAUAACUAUCUACCCGACGGAAGCUCAAGUUCGAGAAGGACGCGAUGUUUCCUUCGAUUGUCGUGCCAGAACCGCCGACAACUCCGUCUACCCACCGACAAGGUUCGAAAAUUUCUUCCAUUUUUUUUCCUUCUCAAAGUCAUUUUGACCGAACAUCUGCUCUUGAUUUUCGUUUCCCAGCCGAUCGAAAUUGUCCCUGUUUCUUGUUGAUAGCGGCGGCGGCUUUAAAAAGCAAUUAUUAAGCGCCGCGGCUUUUAAUGGCUCCGAACGUCUGCUCUAGCGCUAAUUUCCGGCUGAAAAUGUGAAUGAUAAGCGGGUCGGUAUCCUUGAAAGUACAGUGGUGAUUGGAGGGGCUAGAAGUUUCACUCGAAGAUGGAAAAGUUCGAACAGAAAUGCUUACAGUUUAGGAGAACUUUUUUUUUACGAAAUUACAAACUUUUUGUGAGAAAAGUAGACGGUUUUGCAGAUAAUUUGUGCAAAACGACCCUUUUACUUGAUUUUUUACGUCUUUAUAUGCAAUAAAAGCUGCAAAUUUAUUUUGUCCCAGCUAUAUCUUGCGAGUCCGGACGACUACGCUGUUACAAAUGAAAAAAAGGCAAAAAUCAUUUUUAGCUUGCAAAAAAGGAAAAGGUCUUUUGCUCCCUGAAAAUCGCGUUUAACAAUCUCUCAUGAAUUUUUUUGAAUAAGGAAGAAGCUGUCACCUCGAAAUUUGUUCAUUUUCAGGAAGUGAAACGUUCGCGCUAUUUUAAUAUAAUUUCAAAAUCCUUCGCUCUCUCUGUUCCCCGCCAAAAGCCGCAUCGCACACGCGACGCUUCCUCUUUUCUAGUCUACCAACCUCGCCUUUCGAUUCGCAGAAAAAUUGAAUAUACUUUUUCUUGAAUUUUAUGCGGAUUUCAUUCAAAAUCAAUUGCUAUUCAGAUGGACGCGCGUCGGAGGCCCGCUGCCAUCGUCGGCCCACGAUUCCGGCGGCCGACUGACGUUCAACCCGGUCUCGCUCUCCGACGCCGGAACCUACGUCUGCGUGGCGACCCACGACGGCAGAACCGUCGAGGCCACCGCCACCUUGAACGUUCUCUCGUGUGAGUUUUUCGACAAACAGUUCUGAGUUGGAAGCCGCCUACUCAUUUUGAGAGCUCCUCAAACAGAAAAACCGUUUCUUUUUUUCUGCUCCUAUCACUAAGAAGUGCAAGAUUUGGGUUUUUGGAUAGUUCAGAAAUUGGUGGAUAUCCUGGGGAAAAAUAUAGAAAAAUCAGCCUUAUUUGCUCAUUUUUUUCUUCUAACUUCAAUCAAGUUGAGGCAUGAAUAUGACCAUUAUUCGCCGCCGUCCAAAACGAAUGUUUACCCUUCGAUUAACUACCUCUCAAUGGGUUCGGCGUGACCCGGGGAUCGUCUGAAGCAAUUUCUAAUUCAAAUAAAUGUGAACUAAAUUUGAAAUGAUGCUGGGGAACAUUUAUUUUAGAAACAAAUCAAUUUGGAACUUUAGAUGGUCCACAAGAGCUUCAAGGACACCUCCAAUCGUCUGGACAGUGUAUGGCCGACGAGAAGGCUUGCGGAAACAACGAAUGCGUCAAGGUAUUUGAAGAAUUUGCUUUGAAAUGAGAAAGGAAACGUGGAUAUUUUAGAAAAAAUUUUAUAGGUCGUUAGAAAUUUUUCAAUAAGAACGGAGAAACGUAGAACUGAUAAUUUUAGUCUUUUUUGUCGCAUUUUAAAUAUUUUUUUUUUGAGCUGUUAUAGAUUUCAGAGACUGAGAAACUUGAGAGAAGCUCAUGUUUUCUAAAAAAAAUUUUCUCUCAUUUUCUCUCAUUUUUCCGUUUUUUUUUGUGGAAAGAGGCAACUUUUAAAGGUGUCCCGGAGAAUAUUUCGCAUUAUUUUAAGUUUCCAAAAUUUUUUUUAUUUCAGAAUUUCGUUCCUUGUGUUUUGUAAUCCAUCUAUAGGCUUUAGAAAUUUCAAAGAAGAAUUGAUUUAUUUUUUUUUCGAGAAGCUUUUGAGACUUUUUGCAGUUUUCUUAUAGGGUUAUUGACGUUUCUAGUAGGAUAUUAGUUUUCUUGAAUAUUUUAGAUUUUUUACUUCAUUGUCCAUCAGUUGAGUUAGCCUUUUGAGGACUUUGUUCUCAAUCAUUUUCUACAAUUUUUCCAGUCCGACUACGUUUGCGACGGUGAGCCAGACUGUCGGGACCGUUCCGAUGAGCAGAACUGCCCAGCUCUGCGCCAGUGCGAGCCCAACGAGUUCAAGUAAUUUUUUUUUUAAUUUUUUUUUUAAUCAUUUAUUUGUCUUUUUGAGCCGUGAAAAUUGUAUCAUAACAAAUGUUAUAUAAUUGGAAGUAUCGAAAAAGUGAUACUAUUCGGAAAUAUUUAACUGAUCACCUGGAUUUUUCAAGUUGGUGACAAAGCAAAAAAAAAAACAAAGCUUAAAAAAAUCCGUUCGAUAUGGGUUCGACACUAAAAAAUUUUUGAUGCGUUUUUUAAAAGUAGAUUAUGCGUAUGUUUGAAAAUUAUCGGAAUUUUGUUUAUUUCGGUGCGGAGUGGAGUUGCUUCCUAUAGUAGCUCUUUUUUUCUGACUUGUUUUUGGAAAACAAUUUUUACGUCAUAAUAAUUUUGAAAGCUCAUUUUUCUUAUGUGUAGGUACGUAACUUAACCUUGACAGGUUGUACUGACUUCAGUUCAGUAAGCUUGGCUGCCUCAAGAAAUAGUCUGCUCAUUUUUUUAAUUGCUUUCUCACACAAUUCUUUAUUCUGAAUUUGAUUAUUUUGAUGAUUCAUUCGUGAAAUUUCAGAUGCAAUAAUCAGCGUUGUGUGCAGAAGAUGUGGCUGUGCGACGGCGACGACGACUGCGGCGACAACUCGGACGAAAUGAAUUGCGGUUCUUCUUUUUUUCUUCUCUUCCCCACAAAAACUAUCGUAAAUUGUGUUUUAUCGCCAACCGUUCCGCACAUAAUUUUGCGCCCCACGGAAAAUCGUCGUCGUUCAGUGUUUAGCGGUUUUUCGUCGCCUUCUCGCUCGGCUUCUCUAUCUCUCUUUUGAGAAAAGAAAAUUCUGUCGAAACCUCCAAAUCACGCCGUCUCUUCUGCGCAUUUUUGUUCGUAUCAAUGCGUUUGGAGGACAGACGAUGAGGAGCUGGGUGGAACGAUCGUUGGGCGUGUCGCAUUUCCGUUUUUGGAAAAGAACAUGAAGGAAAACUCGGGAAAGCCUUGAAGAAAAGAGAUCAAGGGUCGAAAAAAACUAUCGAUCUUUAAUUUUCUUUAGAGCUAUUUUUUGACGAAAAAUAAGUCGAGAGAAACUUUUCUCAGGGUUGAAACGAUGGGAGUAAUUUUGCAUGAAAGUAAGAUUCAGAAACUUUUUUUUUUGACGGAUGAAGGCUGAACAAAAAGAUUAUCAGCUCUUCCACUCAUUGUGUUUCCAAAAAAAAAAAACCUUUAUCUGUUUUGUUAAAGUUUGCACCUUGAAAAUUUUUGCUUGUCUAAGAAGGUUAAGAAGAUUCAAGCUAUACUAACAGUCAUAGUUUAGUCAAACUUCUGCGCCUUCUAGGUGCUAAAUAUUUGCGUCUUGUGUUCCUUUUUUUUGUUUUGAGACAACCAUUCCCAUUCAGGAGCCAAGACGAGCGGCGACGUGUGCAAAGCCACCGAAUUCAAGUGUCACGAUGGCCGGCAAUGCGUGCCGACGUCGUUCCACUGCGACGGCACCAACGAUUGUCACGAUGGAAGUGACGAGGUUCGAGCUUCGAUUUUCGAAAAAUCAGGGACAAAAGUUAGAAAGAUACGCUUAAAAAGUAGAACUGAAACUAGUGAAUAAAUCUCUUUUCAGUGCUUUUUGUAGCCUACUUAAGCUUGAAAAAGUGAUCAUUCUGGAAUUCACUCAUGAAAAUAUUUAUAAGAAGAAUUAUGCCCGAGAAAAAUGAGGCGAAUUUUUGUGGAACUUGGGUCCUCCCAGCUCAAUUUCUUCAAAUUUUCAAAAAUGUGCAAGUUUACAGCCAGUAUUCUGAAAUUUAUUUAUUCAAGACUUUUUUUUCCAGGUAGGAUGCGUCCAACCGACUGUCGUUGAGCCGCCAGAGACCAACAAGCAAGUCCCUCAAGGAUCUUCCUUCACCCUCACCUGCAAGGUGACAAAAAACUGAUCAAUUGAUAAUCAGAAAAGAACUUGUAGGCCGUCGCCGUUCCGGAGCCCUACAUCAACUGGCGUCUCAACUGGGGACCAGUCUGUGAGCCGCCACGGUGUCUGCAGACUUCUGAAGGCGGUUACGGUACCUUGACCGUCAACAACGCUCAGUGAGUUGAAAGAUAGUGUGGGAAUAGCGUCUGGGAAGAAAUAGCCGCGGUGAAAUGUUUCUUCUGAGCUCCAAGGAAAACAUCUAGAGAGUAGAAGCUUUUCAAUACUAUAAACUGUAGAUCAACCGGAAAUAAAAACUAUAUAUAAAACAGCCUCCAUAAUUAUAGCUAAUGCGCUCUACGGAUAAUUGAAAAUCAUUAUUAAUCUUUUAGUUUUUCGAUUUUUUGAAAUUUUUCCGAAGUUUCGCGCAUCGUUGACUAAUUUUCUAGGUUCUUAAUCAGGCCAGCUAUAAAUUUUUUAAAAAUUAGCCAUGUAGCGUAUUUUUAUAUUUUUUUCAUGAGAAAAAAUUGUCUUUCAUCUGCAAUUAGCCACGGAGCGCAUAUAAUUCUCUCUAUGGGGUUAUUUUUCCCUAAUAUUGUUGUACCAUCAAACCAUCGUUGUGAAUGGCAUUUCCUGCCGUCUUUUCACGUCGUCGUUUCCAAGCGACGUCGUCAAUCAAUCGAUGAUAAUGAUAAUGAUAAUGAGGGGGGCUUGUUGGUGGUUUUGAACCGGUUUGGCUGUCGUCGGACCAAACCCCAAAUCAUCAAGGCCGCUUCACGCCUGCGCUUAUGAAAUGAAUUCGUAUUAAAUUGCGUUUAAACAGUUCAUUGAGGCGUUAAGCGGGAGAAGGAGGAAUGUUAAGGGAGAGAUUGGUAACGACCGGUUUCUUUUUCGAUUUGAACGAAGAAAGUUAGACAUGAUAAUGAGGGUUUUUGAAAGUUUGGACUCAAAAAGCUGAAAAAUUUAGGCUCUAGAAGAUGGAUAAUUCACUGAUAUUUUUGCCAGAGAUUAAAGUUUUCAUAACUUCGCAAUGAUUGAAAUUUUUCGAGCUUCGUUGUUGAUUCCAUUCUUAUAAAAAAAUUAGGGAUAUUUCAUUAACUUCUUAGUCAAGUUUGUGCUUUUAUUCGCCUCAUCGCGUGAAUACACCACUGAUCUUUUUUAGAAGGAAAUUUUCCAGAACUGUUGGAAAAUAAGAUCGAAAAAAGGUCGGAAAAAAAAAAUUCUAUAUUUUGCAGACCAAUCGACCAGGGAGCCUACACCUGCGAGGCGAUCAACGUGAAAGGCCGCGUUCUGGCGACGCCAGACUGCAUCGUCCGAAUCGUCGACAUCCCCGCGCCUCCGCCGCCGACUCGGGCUCCAGAGCCACAGCGCCAGCCGACCUGCAACACCGUCGGAUCCGUCUCGCCCUAUCCCAACUACUACGGAAGCUGCGAUUGCAAGGUAGCCCAUCUUUCAUUAGACGGUUAAGCGAAGAUGGUCAGAGAAAACAUUUUUCGUUGGCUCAGGCUCAAAAAUAAGCAAGCACAGAACUCAACAAGCCCUGGAUUCACAAAAAUUUCAAAAAAUUAGGAAUAAAAAGAAGUUUUAGGAACAUUGAACAGGGACAAUGAUUUUAAAUUACGAACAGACGGGAGAAAAGUCUUAUAGUGCUCUGCAUAUUUGAGCUCAGGUUUCAAAAAUUGAAUAUUUGGAGAAGACUAUGUUUUUUGAUCCGGCCGUUAACAAACCUUCUGAAACACCCCUAACACCUAUUGAGGACAUUUGAAAAUCCAUGGAAGUUUAUUUUUCUCUCCACAAUAAAAGUUAUUUUCCGAAAUAUUUAUUCGUUUCGAAGAUUUACCGUCAAUUAAAUUUUCUAAGCCUUUCUGAUUUUGAACUAAAUAAUAUUUCAAAAAGUCUUUCACAUGAAGGAAAAUACUCUUGUACGCCGUAUUCUUUUCGUUUUCCAGCCUCUCGUCACCGGGCCCAACUGCGACCAGUGCAAGCCCGGAUCGUUCCACCUCUCCGAGAAGAGCCCCCAGGGAUGCCUUAAGUGCUUCUGCUUCGGAAUCACCGACCAAUGCCGCAGCAGCAACUACUACCGCACCAAGGUAUUCAAAUCAGCAGAAUUUUUUGUAUUUUAUGUGAAAUAAUUGUCUUUUUCAGGACGCCGCUUGUGUGAGUGUUGUCUCAAUGUAUAUUUGUCCGUCGUUUGUUUUUUAAAGACUUUUCGUCCUUUCCUCUGCAUGAACUUUGUGUUGCAGUCCCUCAUUGUCCUUGAAAAUACGGUGGCUUUGUGCCUUUUUCGAAAUGUUUUUAUCUGUAUUAGUGGCGCUUUGAAAUAAGUUUCAGACAAGUUUGAGAAAAUCCUCAAAAUCUUGGACAUUCUUUAUGAAAAUCGAGAAACCGUAUAGGGUAUUUUUAACUACCUAUCCAGCUAACCGAAACUCCAUAUUUUAUUUGAGCAAACGUUGGAAAUUCCAGGACCGUCUCAUGUUCGCCGGCGACGCCGAAGGAGUCACCCUUUCGGACAUGGAAGAGCGUCAGAUCGACCGCGACACCCAGUUCCAGUUCUUCAAGACGGGCUACCUCACCUUCGACGGCACGACCGACGGCGUCACCAAGUACUGGCGACUCCCGCAACGGUUCCUCGGCGACAAGGUCACCGCCUACGGCGGCAAGAUGGAGUUCGAGAUUGAGUUCUCCGGCUCGGGACCUCUCAGCAAUGAGCCGAUGGUCGUCCUCAAGGGCAACCAGAACAUCCUCGUCCACCGUGUCCGCAGCCAGCAGACCGUACUCACUUCGGAUAACCCGGUCCGAAUCACCGUCGACACCUAUGAGGUUGGUCAACAGCUGGUUCAGUCAGAAGUGAAUGGCUUUCAGACCAACUUCGAACAACUCAACGGCGCGCCUGCGACUCGCGAAGACCUUCUGAUGGUCCUCGCCGAUCUCGACGCCUUCAUGAUCCGUGCCACGCAUGUUUCUCAACAAUCGUCGACUAGGUAA